GGUAGUACUUAAUUUAAUCAUGAGCAUCUAUAGAGGAAUAGGGAGUACUUAGUUUAAACAUGAGCAUAUAUGCAUUCCCGGUUGAGGUUUGAUUAUAUAAGGCGUACUCGGUGAAAAGUGAGUACUUGUCGAUCAGUCGGGAGAAGAAGCUAGGCAUGUCGACGGAUGCAGGGAAGAAGGUGUACGUUGUUGCAAUGGUGAUACGGGUGAUCUACACCGGCAUGUACAUCGUCUCCAAGGCGGCCUUCGACGGCGGCAUGAAUACCUAUGUCUUCAUCUUCUACCGCCAGGCAGCCGCCAGUCUUCUCUUGCUACCCCUCGCUAUCCUCCUUGAAAGGAGAAACGCGCCACCCAUGUCACUGUGGCUGUUCACCAAGAUAUUCAUGUAUGCUUUACUCGGGAACACGGUGAGCAUGAACCUGCACAACAUGAGCCUCAAGUACACCUCCGCGACGGUGGCUUCAGCAACGAGCAACUCCAUCCCCGUCUUCACCUUCCUCUUCGCCGUCCUCCUACAUUUCGAGGCCAUCAAGCUCCGCACCGCCGCGGGCACAGCAAAGCUCGCCGGCGUCGCGCUCUGUGUCGCCGGGGUCCUCGUCAUCGCCCUCUACGCCGGCCCGCCAUGGCCGGCGGGAAGCUCCGCACCGCCGCUCAACCCCCUCAACCACCACCGCGCCUUCGCCGCCGCCAUGGCCGGCGGGAAGCAAGGGGAAUGGAUGAAAGGCACGUUCCUGAUGCUCCUGGCUAACCUGACGUGGUCGCUCUGGAUCGUCCUCCAAGCGCGCCUCCUCACGGAGUACCCCAAUAAGUUGCUGGCCACGACACUGCAAUGCCUGCUCAGCACGGCGCAGUCCCUCGCCCUGGCGGCUGCGGUGACCGCUUUCGGGAAGGACAUGUCCGUCGUGUGGAGGCUACAGCUGGAUGUGGGGCUCGUCGCCGUGGCCUACUCCGGGUUCGUGGUGACGGGGGUGUCCUUCUACCUGCAGGCGUGGUGCAUCGAGCGGCGAGGCCCCGUGUUUCUGGCCAUGACUAAUCCGGUAGGGCUCGUGCUCACCAUGUUUUGCUCCUCCUUCUUCCUCGGUGAGGUCGUUCACCUCGGCAGCGUCCUUGGCGGGGCGCUGCUGGUCGCCGGGCUGUACAGCGUGCUUUUGGGGAAGAGCAAGGAGCAGCAACAGCCACCGCCACCUAGUCUAGCUCCUGCAUCAGCAGCGUCCGCCGUGAAACAAGGAUGCUAUAGUAGUAAUGCUCGUAAUGGUGACAAGGAGGAUAAGAUAAAGUUGGAGGAGAAGAAUAUCAAGAUGGCUUCACAGGUGUAGCUGCGAAAUACAGGGUUCUCUUACCGGCAUGCAUCAAGCAGGUCGGCCACGAGGAGUUGUUAGUUUGACAGAGACUCUUGAGUGAAAUGUAUAAUAGUCCACCCGUCUGAGCACAAGGAAUGUAUUACUGGAAACUUUAUUGACGAACAUCUAGUACAAACUAACGAACGACCUAUGUUCUGCCCCUUUAGGAGUAGAGAAGAUCUUUGCGGUUUAGUGUCGGUAUAAGAGAACUCACAAAACAGACGCAUGCUAUGUAAUGAGAAUUUUGUGUAGCUCAACAACAAGCUAUUUGAUAAUAGUAUAAUGUGUUUUCCA